GCGAGGCGACGGACGGACGGGGGCUCACCACCGGGCCGGCUCCACUCAUUGCGCCUUUGUCCGCCGCCCACGUCAAAUCGAGUCGCCCUUCCUCCUCCUCUUCUUCUCGUCGUCGCCUUCCUCCUCCCCGUUGCGCUGCUCCCGUCGCAUCAUUGCCGAUUAUUACAGCGCCACCACCACACGCCAUUCUUCUUCGGACACGGACACGGACACGGCGCGCCCACUCCAUUCCUGCAUGCCUUGCCCCCCUCCACUCUCUCUCUCUCUGUCUCUCCGGCUCUCCCUCGCAGCCCUCUCUGCCUGCCUACUGCCGUUAUCUAUCUCCUCGCCCGCCCGUGUCAGCGCAGCGCACCGCGCGUCGUGUCAGCUGUCUGUCACCGGCCGCGGCCGUGUCUGUCGUCCACGCUCUUGCCAGGCCGGGCUGGCGGCCGGUGGCUGACCAGGCGAGCGAAUAGAUAUGAGCGCCGCCAGGUGCCUCAAGCUCGCGCUGCUCCUGUCGCUCAUCCCGCUGGCGCUCAGGGCGACGUCGCUCCUCCUCAGCGGCCACGCCGUGCCGGCAACAGCGGCAUCGUCUCGCCACUCCUGGACCGCGCGGCGGCACUGGCGGAGCAGCAGAGCCACCGCCACCGUCGUCUCGGCCGUGCCACCGGCGCGCGACCGGGGCCGGCCGUAUCGCCGCCACGCGACGCACCGGCGGCGGACCGGGUCCGCCGCCUCCUCCGACGGCGGCACGAGGCGGCUCCGGCAGGCCGCCGCCGCCGCCGGUGGCCGCGACAGCUGGUUCGAGGACGACAAGAGGCUGGCGCCCACGGGGUCCAACCCGCUCCACAACCUGCGAUGACGGCGGGCGGGCGGACGGACGGCCGCCGCCGGCGCCCGCGCUGGUGGCUGCCUGGCUGCUGCCGUCGCUUCGUUCUCGGCUCGUGAUCGAAUCUUUUCAGGUCGGCACGCAAAAAUGGCGACGACAAUUUGCUCCCGGUAAAUCUCGGUCCGUGAUUUCUUGAUACCAUCAUCAGCUACCGUGGUGGUACACGUACGUACGUGCUACAUACAGCGCUUGCUUGCUUCGAGUUUGUCAAUGUACAUACGAUUUGAAUACUUGAAUUGAAUUGGUGUGACUGCGAAGAAAUACGAGUUUUUGUCAAUGCAUGUUUGC